AUGCGGUUUGAGAGUAAGCAUACAUAUUUUAAGCAGUGUGCACGGAAGCUUCACAACUUCAAAAACCUCUCCAGUACUCUGGCAGAAAGGCACCAGUUGCUUCAGGCGUAUCUUCAUGCUGGUAAUGUCUUUCCUCCUGUUCUUCAAGUAGGUCAGGCUGAUGAGUUUAAUGCCCACAUGUAUAAUUUCGCCAUUCAAGAAGCUGUACGACUCGGUAAUUUGACUGGUAGCAUCAUGGAGACAGCCAUGGUCACAUACAAGGGUACAACAUAUAAGAAGGGAAUGAGUGUUGUACUUGAUGUUAGUGAUGGUGGAUAUGUGCUGGGGAAGAUUGCUCUGAUAAUAGUCUGCCAGGAAAAGGUGGAUUUUGUUUCAGAGAGACAUCAGUCAGUGCCAGUGUUGGAUCUUGGUGUGCACUGUGUACAGCAUGACAAAAGCCAAAAAGACCUCGCGGAUACUAACAAUGUCCACCCAGCACAGCCAGAAAAAGUUGCAAAAACUGACAGUUAUGGAUGCAUAAACUGGCAGCCAUCUCAAUUACCAGAAGGAGAGACAAUAGACUCUCUACAUCAUAAAAAAGAAGAACUUAAAUUAAUUUUCUCUCAAGAAGGACCAAGUGGAACAGACCGUGUAAGAGUGAAUGAUUUGAUGGUCUUAACUUAUGCAAGUCAGCGCAGUGCAAUAAACUCCACACCUUCACUUAGUGUACAUGAAUUGAAAAGAGAAUGGCCUUUCCUGUUUAUGAAUAAGUUUUUAAUGCAGCACUUCACUUCACUUACUGGGAUCGAGCUUGAUGAAAGGCUGAGAGAAUGCAUUGCUGGAAAAGGAAGGAGGGUGCUCCAGUUCUUCAAAACUCAGUUUCUUCGCUGGACAAAAGAAGUGAAGACUGUUCUUGCCGACAUUGAACGUCUCCAAGGCGAAAACAUGGACUCAACAAUCGCUGUCAUAUUGCUGAUGAUGACCUUCUUUAGAGAGAAAGAUGAUGCCAUUUUCCUUCUUGCUGAUGUCACCAGUACCCAUGCAGAUGCUGAAGCUCAGUUGUCGCUUCCCACUACACCAAGAAUAAUCAUGCUGGGAGAUUCCAUCCUGACAUCGAAAAAUGGAUGCUCUGCGUAG